CCAGACUGCUCAGCUUGUUUGCUCCCGUAAUCAGCUUGAAGUUGGUGUGCAUUUGGACAGCCUUUUGUCAUCUGGUUUGAAUGCAUUCUCUGGUCACCUGGCAGCCCCUUACUGUUCCAGCUACACAGUGCAUGGCAGUAUUGUGUAUUACCAAGUAGCACGUCGUGCUGACAUCUGUGGAACUGUACUGAAGACCAACAAUACCCAUGCCAUCUACUCCAACUCUUUGAUUUUCUACCCUCUAAGCAAUGAUUCCAUGGUUGUACCUGAAGUUAUUACAUUCUCUUGUGCCUAUCCCUUGGAAACUAACACCAGCCUGGAUGCUGUAAUCAGACCACCGUUCCACAGAGAUGCUCUUUCAGGGUCAGGUGACAAAGCCACAGCCCACAUGUAUCUGUUCCGUGACUCUAGCUAUCUAGGCAUCUACCCAGCAGGUGAGGUCACCCUGCCUGUGGGCUCUACCCUGCAUGUGGGAGUGUUUGUAGAUGAGAGUGAUCAAAGCUUUGCAGUUGUUCUGGAAGACUGCUUUACCACUCACUCCUCAAACCCUGACGACCCCAUGCAACACCUUCUUAUUCAUUCCGGGUGUCCUAUUGACCCUCGACGUGUGUCAGUGGUUGAGAAUGGCCUGUCCCUCCGUGCUCUUUUCUCUGCCAUGCUCCACCCUCUCCAGGGAGACAACCCAUACAGCUUCCUUCACUGCAGACUAAGCCUGUGCAACAAGAGGAGCAACAACUGUGUUCCAUUUUGCAGAGGGAGGGCACGUCGCUUUGUUCCCCGCUUUGUUCCCCACUUUGCUCAGCUCGAUCCCCUCACCAUUGGACCAAUCACCUGGGAGAAGUGACAUGUUAAUGGAGUGAGCUGAUUGACAUUGGGGGAAAAAAAAAAAGAAAAAAAGAAGCUAAUUUUGAUUACACUUUUAUUUCAGGUGUUGUGUGAUUCAAUAAUAUCAUAUGGUCACCCUUUGAUAUCGUCACCCUCUUAAAAUAAUUACCUAAGUAAUUUUUUUCAGAUUUUUUGGGAAACACAAAAAACUGAACCACUUGUUGAAUAUAUGAUAUUUACUAACAAUUUUAAUCAAAACAGAUGCCUAUUGACAUACAAACAACAAGGUCAGGCAAACAUGGAACAUGAGAGAAUUAAAUGACUUAGGCAAAUUAAAACUAAAAAAGUCACACUCUUGACAUAGGCAAUUAUACUAAAGGGGUAGAAUGGCACGAUCUGUUUAACUGAGGAUGUAGGCAAUUUUACCAGAGGUGGCCAGCAUCAUGAGGAGAUGAUUUAGGCAAAAAAAUAAUUUUUGUAAAAAAAAAAAGAGGGUGACGAUAUAAUUCCUGUCACUAUAGUAUGUAGGCUAUGCUUAGUGCUGGCUCUGUUUUAGCCUGUUACUAGGGACACUUUUUUAUGUCUAAAUUCUAACUGUAUUCAAAUAUGUAUUCAAUAUGUAUUAAUAAAAACAAGAAUUAGAAUGCAUGUAAAAA